GGAAUCCCCAGGAGUGAAGCAUUUGGCAAAAGUAUGGCAGGCACCAUCCGGCUGCCCACAAUUGCCCCGCUCUGGGCGGGGAAACUGAGGCAGAGGCCGACGUAGCGACCUGACCAAGAAAUCUGCUGGCAUUGGGGACCGCCUCAGGGCUCGGAAACGCCAAGUGGCUUCGUGUGUGCGAGGCAGGGCUGGGGCUGGUGGCAGCUCCUUGACCUCCCAUCAUGGAUGGAGUGCACUUUUCCGCGAAGAAACCCAAGCAGUCGCUGUUCGCCAGGGCCGAUUUGGCUGUGAAAGGUUUUGACAAAACCUGCCCAGGCCCCUGUGGGGAAUCCGAAUGAGGGAGAGCGCAGACACCUUCACUGGGAAGCCAAGGACAUUUCUGUAUAAUCAGCGGAUGAAAGGAUUUUCUCAGACUCUUUUCCCCUUUUCCUGGAGGAUUAACCCACCGCAAUCUAUAAUUCCAGUGGAAACCGCAAGGCACACGAUGUGGCAGGAGCCCAGAGCGCCUGCAGGAGUGUGCUGGACCCUUUCUUUGCACCGGGGAGUUUAACACGCGCCACCCACCCGUGGUCCUCCCGACUGCCUCCUGCCGAUCUCUUCUCUAACCUUUUCUUAUUUUCUGAGUGAAGUUCUGUUUCCAAAACUGUCCCCCGGAGCUGUGAGUGGAUAGCCAGCAAUGAGAGAUUAAGUCCGGGAGAGGAGGAAGCCCCCGUGUUGUGACUUCUCUCUGCUGCCGACAUGAAGUGCUUUCUCCCGGUGCUGAGCUGUCUGGCUGUGCUGGGUGUAGUGACAGCACAGCGGCAAGUCGCCGUCCAGGAAGGCCCCUUGUACCGCACGGAGGGCUCCCACAUCACCAUCUGGUGCAACGUGAGCGGCUACCAGGGAUCUUCCGAGCAGAAUUUCCAGUGGUCCAUCUACCUGCCCUCGGCCCCAGAGCGCGAGGUCCAGAUCGUCAGCACCGUGGACUCCUCCUUCCCUUACGCCAUCUACACCCAGCGUGUGCGCAGCGGGAAGAUCUACGUGGAGAGAAUCCAGGGGAACUCAGCCCUGCUGCACAUCACCGACCUCCAGGCCCGCGAUGCCGGCGAGUACGAAUGCUUCACGCCCAACACCGACGAGCGAUACUUCGGGAGCUACAGCGCCAAGAUGAACCUAGUGGUGAUCCCAGACUCCCUGCAGACCACAGCCGUGCCCCAGACGCUGCACAAGGUGGAGCAGGACCCCCUAGAGCUCACGUGCGAGGUGGCCACCGAGACGGUCCAGCACAGCCACGUGUCUGUGGCCUGGCUCCGGCAGAGAGGCAGCGAGAGGCCCGUGGAGGUCAUCGCCCUGAGCCGAGACUUCGUGCUCCACUCCAGCAGCGAGUACGCCCAGCGGCAGAGCCUGGGGGAGGUGCGGCUAGACAAGCUGGGGAGCAGCACCUUCCGCCUCACCGUCUUCCACCUGCAGCCGUCUGACCAGGGCGAGUUCUACUGCGAGGCCGCCGAGUGGAUCCAGGAUCCCGACGGCUCGUGGUACGCCAUGACCCGAAAGCGCUCCGAGGGCACCGUGGUCACCGUCCAGCCCACAGACAAAGAAUUCAUGGUGCGGCUGGAAACUGAGAAACGCCUGUACACCACGGGGGAGCCGGCUGAGUUCCGCUGCAUCCUGGAGGCACAGAACAUUCCCGACCGCUACUUUGCCGUCUCCUGGGCCUUCAACAGCUCGCUCAUCGCCAGCAUGGGGCCGAACGCUGUGCCCAUCCUCAACAGCGAGUUCGCCCACCGGGAAGCCCGGGGACAGCUCAAAGUGGCCAAAGAGAGCGACGGUGUCUUUGUGCUGAAGAUCUUCCACCUCCGCCAGGAUGACAGCGGGAAAUACAACUGCCGUGUGACCGAGCGCGAGAAAACCGUCACCGGGGAGUUCAUCGACAAGGACAGCAAGCGCCCCAAAAACAUCCCCAUCAUAGUCCUCCCCAUCACAGAUGACUGGGUAGUUAAAGUCCCCCAGAACCACCAGAUCCUGCCCCAAGGCCACUUGGAGAGCAGCAUCUCCGUGGAGGUGGCCAGCAAUGCCAGCGUGGUCCUCGAGGGCGAGCACCUGCGCUUCUCCUGCAGCGUCCGCACGGCGGGCAGGUCGCAGGGCCGCUUCUCCGUCAUCUGGCAGCUCGACAGGCUGAUGAAAAGAAAAAAAAGGGGGCUGGACCGGGACGGCACCGUGCAGCCGGGCGCGUCCUACUGGGAGCGCAGCAACUUCGGGGGCGUGCAGAUGGAGCAGGUGCAGCCCAACUCCUUCAGCCUGGGCAUCUUCCACAGCAGGAAGGAGGACGAGGGCCAGUACGAGUGCCACGUGACCGAGUGGGUGCGGGCCGUGGACGGAGAGUGGCAGGUCGUGGGGGAGCGCUGGGCCAGCACCCCCAUCUCCAUCACGGCUCUCGAAACGGGCUUCGCGGUCACAGCCAUCUCCCGCACGCCGGGGGUGACCUACAGCGACUCCUUCGACCUGCAGUGCAUCAUCAAACCCCAUUACCGGGCCCGGGUCCCUGUGUCAGUCACCUGGCGGUUCCAGCCGGUGGGCACCGUCGAGUUCCACGACCUGGUGACCUUCACUCGGGAUGGAGGUGUCCAGUGGGGGGACAGGUCCUCCAGCUUCCGCACCCGAACGGCCAUUGAAAAGGUGGAGUCCAGCAACAACGUUCGCCUGAGCAUCAGCCGAGCCAGCGACACGGAGGCGGGCAAGUACCAGUGCGUGGCGGAGCUGUGGCGGCAGAACUACAACAACUCCUGGACGCGGCUGGCCGAGCGGACCUCCAACCUGCUGGAGAUCAAGGUGCUGCAGCCAGUGACCAAGCUGCAGGUGAGCAAAUCCAAGAGGACCCUCAACUUCGCUUGGUACAAGCUGGCGGAGGAGGUUUCGGGGCGCACAGAGGUCACUGUGAAGCAGCCAGACAGCCGCCUGAAGCUCAGCCAGGUGCAGGGGAACCUGUCGGUCCUGGAGACGCGGCAGGUGCAGCUGGAGUGCGUGGUCCUGAACCGCACCAGCCUGGCCUCCCAGCUCGUGGUGGAGUGGUUCGUGUGGAAGCCCAACCACCCGGAGCGGGAGGCUGUGGCCCGUCUGAGCCGCGAGGCCACCUUCCACUACGGGGAGCAGGCGGCCAAGAACAACCUGAAGGGACGGCUGCACCUGGAGAGCCCUUCGCCCGGCGUGUUCCGGCUCUUCCUCCAGAACGCGGCAGUGCAGGACAGCGGCACCUACAGCUGCCACGUGGAGGAGUGGCUGCCCAGCCCCGGCGGCCUGUGGUACAAACGGGCCGAGGACACUGCCGGGCAGACGGCUGUCACAGUCACGCGACCAGAGGCCGCCCUGCAGGUGGACACGGUGGUCCCCAACGCCACGGUGACCGAGAAGGCCGCUUUCCAGCUGGACUGUAGCAUCGUGUCGCGCUCCAGCCAGGACUCCCGCUUUGCGGUGUCCUGGUAUUCCCUGAGAACUAAAGCCGGGGGGAACGCGGGCAGCCCUGGCCUGGAAGAACAUGAAGACGAGGACGAGGAUGAGGACGAGGACGAGGACGAAGAGGAGGAGGAGGAGGAGGAGGAGGAAGAGGACCCAACAGAGCGGGUGGCCCUGCUGAGCGUGGGCCCCGAUGCCGUGUUUGGCCCCGAGGGCGGCCCCUGGGAGGGCAGGCUUCGCUUCCAGAGGCUGUCCCCCCUACUCUACAGGCUCACGGUGCUGCAGGCAAGCCCCCGAGACACAGGCAACUACUCCUGCCGCGUGGAGGAGUGGCUGCCCAGCCCCCAGAAGGAAUGGUACCGGCUGACGGAGGAGGAGUCGGCCCCCAUCAGCAUCCGAGUGCUGGACACAAGUUCCACACUGCAGUCCGCCAUCUGCUCCAAUGAUGCGCUCUUCUACUUCGUCUUCUUCUACCCGUUCCCCAUCUUCGGCAUCCUGAUCAUCUCCAUCCUGCUGGUGCGCUUCAAGAGCCGGAGCUCCAGCAAGAACUCGGAUGGGAAGAACGGGGUGCCCCUGCUGUGGAUCAAGGAGCCGCACCUCAACUACUCCCCCACUUGCCUGGAGCCGCCCGUCCUCAGCAUCCACCCAGGAGCCAUAGACUGAGGGCCCCCCGGGGACACCGGCCACCAGGGGCUGAGGGCCCCCACGCUGCCUCUUGCUCUGUGAUGGGACAGCAGACAGCACCCAGACUCCGGACAGCCCUCCCAGAAAACUGUCCGACGUGAGAUGUGUUCACAGUCCCCGGCCAGCCACACAGGCAGCCUGCUGCCUGUGGGUGGCGGCCCUGGUGGGUGAGCGAUUUCCGGGCAGGUGUGGUCAUCCCGCGGCAUUAGGUCUCUUGUUUUCGUUCUUGGUAAUGUAGUGAGCGGCGCUGGUGCCACGCCUACUCACAGGUAGUAAUAGGUAGACGUCGCAGGGGUCUCACUCUUUCUAUUGGACUCUUUAAAAACCCGUGGUUUAUUCUUUUUGGAUUUUGUAAUAUUGUGGACGCAUUUCUCUUACGUACAACGGAUGAGAAAAGGAGAGACGGACUUUAUAGUGUGAAGGAAUCCCUUCCAAGACCUUUGGUUUUUGCACACUUGAAAAUGCCACCACCGGUGGAACAAAAGACACACGAACGUUUUUUACUUCCUUCCUGAGACUUGAAAACGAUGGGAAGUGUGGGCCCAGUUUGUAUCUUAUCUUUUCCCUCAGCUGGAGUUUUUUUGUUUUGCUUCAAGAACUGUGUCUGUGCCAGAGAAAUCCUGCAUAAGCCCAUUAGGAGAAAGGAGAUGGUGGCCAGCCAGCCUAUUCGCCAGGGAGGCAGAAAUCGGCGUCCUCCCAGCCUUGCCAAAAAAUUCGAAACCUUGGUUGGAGAACAAGUCAAAAGCCCCAGACAGCUCUCGCUUCGCAGCGUGGGCAGGGGGACCUUUCAGCAGUGACUGACUUGCAUGUCGGUCAGAGCCCGUGGUUAGUGGAGGGAGGAAGAAGGACUAAUUGUUGGCUUGAUGCGGUCACUGAGGGCAGUCUCCAGCUGGGAGCUGAGCAGGUGGGCUUCCGUGCUAAGGUGCUUUGCCAAACUCUUAAGAGAAAGUGGCCAGUGAGAAGAUACGGAUGUCUUCCUUCCUCACCAUUGAUCCCUCCCUGCUUCUUGCUGCCGCGCCCAGGGAGGCCCCCUCGGUCCUUUGUAACCCUCCGCUGACGGUCCGGUCUCCGGUCUCCACAGGAAGCACCACAUGCUUUUGUCCGCAGGGGUUUUACCUUCCCUUCCUCAGAUCGAGUCUGUGGUUUAGAUGAUUUGGUGGUUCGUUUUGAUGGCGGCAUUUUAUUUAAAUGCCCUGAGCGUCCCAACAAAGGCCAGUGUCACCCUGCUGCUUUACAAGCCAGAAGCGUGGCCCCAAGGGAGCGGCAGCGGCGGCAGGCGCUCACCCCUCCAACGGAGAUGUUUCAUGCCCCGACUUCCCCGUGUUUUGCGGGCCAGCGGUGCCAUCACCCUUCCUCAGUGAGCACGCAUCUCGGAUCCCAAGGGAGUUCCCGGUUUGGAAAAGGCCAGCACAGAUUUGGGCGCUAAGUUGAACCAGAGAGCUCGCUGGGAAACCCUGUUCUGAGACUGAACAGCCUCCAGGGAGGCGGGGGGCUCCCCAGGCCAUGUGGGUGCUGACCCUGCUCUGGGUCUGGGGUGCUCAGCAGGUGCUUUGCUGCGUCAGAGCUGAAGGGAAGCACUUCCUGACAAGCUCACACACACCUGCCUUGUACUCCCUGUGAGAGCCCAGGCUCACAUGCCCGUUCCCACGUACUGUGCUGCACGAAUGCUGUAGGGUGCAUAUUCGGCUCAGUGGUGAGGGAAGAAGGCAGUCUUCUGCCCCAUUUCAUCAUUUCAGGGCUGUGGGCUUUCAGUGGGAAAUUGCUGCGCUUUAACUCACAGACUGAGUCAAUGGGGGAAGAAGGCUUACUGGUCCUCUGUCUGAAUGGAAAGAUGCCAGAGCGCUGUCUGGGACCGGGAUGUGCACCUGAGACUGGAGUUUGCAUCGACAGCUGCAGAAAGGUAGCUGCUGCCACGUCAUGACAUAGGUGAAGUCGUCGCGGGAAAUUUGCAAGAAAAGAAACCGAAGCCAGUAUUUUAAUAAUUGUUUUUCUUUUCUGUGUCUUUUCUAUGGGCUUGGGGAAUACCAUCAAAGGGGGAGCUUUCCCAGCUUUCUAUGAAAAUCCCCAGGACCUUCCCUU